AUGAAGUUUCGUGUGAUGGAUAAAGUCCGCAUGUCGGUGAGGGUCUUACUGUUGGUGUUCAUUAUGGUGUGCUUCUGUGGCUGCAAUGCUAAUGCAGAUGAUGAAGAGCAGAAGAAGAAACAAUCUUUGUGGGUGUGGCAGAGACUAAGAAGCGCUUAUUCUACCUAUUUGGCACUCUUUUCUCCUUCAAGUAUUGCGAAGUGUGGUUGGCACAUGCUUAAAGGCCUUCUCAAUCACGCCUAUGUCCGGUUGUUUCCUCCAAAUAUAGAUUUUAGAAGAGAGGAGAAAGGAGAAGGCGUGAGUGAAGCAGGGGAGAAAGCAGGAGAAGCUUUAGCAAAUAACUUGGAGGAUGCAGCAAAAUCAGCAGCUCAGACCGUUCACAAUGUCAAGAGCACCUUCUCUCGCUCUGACUCAGAGUCAAAUGGAAAAACACACAGCGAGCUUUGA